UGAUGGCGAUGUUGGUGCCGAUGGUGGGGCGCGAUCGCUUAUGAGAAGGGCCUGCCAGCGCUGAAAAGGACCACGUUAGCAAAUGGCCGCAUCGCUCGACUUCUUCGGCGACGCGCCGGAGCCGCCGGCGCCGCCGACGCCCGCGCCGAAAUCGCGCACGAAAGCCGCCGGCGCCGCGGCCGACGCCGGCGCGCCCGCGCCGUGGUCCGACGACGACGUGCGCGCCUUCCGGAAGCGCCUGCGGCUCCGCGUGGAGAGCGAGGACGCCGUGCCGCGGCCCUGGGCGUCCUGGGACGACGGCAACCUCGACGGCCGGCUCCGGGCCGCGCUCGAGGCGUGCGCGUGGCAAGAACCUACUUCCGUGCAGGCGCAGGCGUGCCCCGCGCUCGCCGCGGGCCGCGACGCGCUCGUGACGGCGCCGACGGGCUCGGGCAAGACGGGCGCCUUCGUCGUGCCCGCGGCGGCCUUCCUGCUCGCGCGGGAGAAAAAAACGCCUAAAUUCCCCGCCGUCGCGAUCUUAGCGCCGACGCGCGAGCUCGUCGCGCAGAUCGCGCGCGAGGCGGCGCGCGUGCUGCGCGGCUGCGGCGUCGAGGACGCCGUCGCGGCGGCGCCCUGGAGCGGCGACGUCGUGGCGCGGAGCUCCGUGCUCGUGUCGACGCCCGCGCCGCUCCGCGAGCUCUACGAAGCGACGCCCAAGGCCGCGAGCGCGCUCCGGCGCCUCUUCGUCGACGAGGCGGACAAGCUCCUGGAUCUGACGCCGACGGCGGGGCUCGCGGACGCGUCGACGCGGGCGCCGAACGCCUUCGUCGCCGACGUCGACGCGGUGCUGGGCGCGAGGCCGAAAAAGUGCGCGACGGCGCUCUUCUCGGCGACGAUGAACGAGGGCGUCCGCGAGCUGGCGGCGAACUGCCUGCGCGCGGACCGCGUGGUGCUCGGCGUGCUGCCGAGCCUGGGCCCGCCCCUCGUGGAGCAGCGCUUCGCCUACGUCGGCGAGGACGGGAAGCGGGUCGAAGCGCUGGCGCGGGCGAUCCGCGAGGGCUUCGCGCGGCCCCCCUGCCUCGUCUUCGCGCGGUGCGCGCCGGCGGCCGACGCCGCGGCGGCGCGGCUCCGCGCGCUGGGCUACCGCGCGGGCCGCCUCCACGGCGGGCUGGGCCCGCGGCAGCGCGCGGACGCGCUGAGAGAUUUCCGAAAGGGAACGUCGUGGUUCCUCGUGUGCACGGACGUCGCGAGCCGCGGCCUCGACCUGCGGGCGCUGGAGACGGUGGUCAACCUGGACGCGCCGGCGUCGGCGGCGGACUACGUGCACCGCGUCGGCCGCGUCGGCCGCAACGGCCGCAACGGCCGCGCGCUGACGCUGUACACGAGCGACGACGCCGCGGGACUGCGCGCCGUCGCGAACAUCGCCAAGCAGACGGGCUGCGCCGACGUGCCCCCCUGGCUCCUCGCGAAGACGACGAAGAAGGCCUGGGCCAACGCCGACCCCCGCGCGAAGCGCAAGCGCGACGCGCCCGGGAGGAUGUCCGCCAUGCAGCAGCGCCGCGGCAACGCCGCGGCGUCGAAGCGCGGGUCCGGCGGCCCGCCGUCGUCGGAGAAGAAGAAGCGGUCCGGCGGUCCGCCGCCGGCGGCCGACGCCAUGGAGGACAGCGAUUUGGAGUUCGAGGACGAGGCCGAGGACGAGUUCAUCGUCGAGGACGAGGCCAUGGGCGGCGACGACGAGGAGAUGGACGAGGACGCCGUGCGCGCGGCCGUCGCCGCCGACGGGCGGGAGCAGGAGACGCAGCUAUCCUGGGACCCGCGGAAGAACGUCGAGGGAGAGGGCGACCUCGAGUGCGACCCGCGCGCGUACAAGAUGCUCCACCGCCUCGGCAGCGACUGGCCCUGCCUCUCCUUCGACCUCGUGCCCGACGGCGGCGGCGGCGGCCGCACGCGCUUCCCCCACGACCUCCUCGCCGCGACGGGCACGCAGGCGGGCCCGGGCGAGGCGAACAAGCUGACGUUCCUCAAGCUCGAGGGCCUGGGGCGCAUGGAGGUCGAGGACAGCGACGCGUCCGACGACGACGACGACGACGACGAGGCGCGGCCGGCGACGGCGGAGCACGUCGCCUUCGCCCACCCCGGCGUCGCGCGGCGCGUCGCCUGCUCGAAGCCGUCGCCGGGUCUGGUGGCGACGUGGUCCGACGACGCGACGGUGCGCCUCUGGGACGCGCGCGACGAGUGCGCCGCGCUCUGCGCGCCGCACCGUUCGGGCCCGAGGCCCGCGGGGCUCAAGGCCCGGGACCCCUUCGCGGCCGCGACGCGGGCCGCGCCCGGCUACGCGCUCCAGUGGAGCCCGCUCGAGCCGUCGCGCCUCGCGUGCGGCGGCGACGACGGCGGCGUCGCCGUGCUCGACGCCGCGCUCGACGGCCGCGGCGCCGCCGUCGUCGCGCGCUGGGCCUGCCCGGGCGCCGUCGAGGACGUCGCGUUCUCGCCGACGGAGCCCACCGUGCUCAUGGCCUGCGGCGCGGCGUCCGCGGCGCUCCGCGUCUUCGACGCGCGCCACGGCGACCGGCCCAUGCUCGCGUUGGACGGCGCCCACGGCGCCGACGACGUCAACGCCAUGUCGUGGAACAGCGCCGUCGCGUACCUCGUCGCGACGGGCGGCGACGACGGCGUCGCGCGGGUCUGGGACCUGCGGGCCUUUGGGAAGGACGCCAAGCCCGUGGGCCUCUUCGACUACCACAAGGGCGGCCACGUCUGCUCCGUGGCCUGGGACCCCCACGACGAGUCCGCGCUCGCCGUCUGCGCGGCCGGCGCCGCGGACGCGGUCUCGCUCUGGGACCUGUCCGUCGAGGACGACACGCCGCCGGGCAUCCCCAGCGGCGCGUCCGAGUUCGGCGUGCCGCCCCAGCUCAUGUUCGUCCACCAGGGCCUCCGCGACCCCAAGGAGGUCAAGUACCACCCCCAGAUCCCGGGCCUCUGCAUGACGACGGCGCUCGACGGCUUCAACGUCUUCAUCCCGAAUCUCUGAGAGGCCCCCCCCUCGCCUAAGUCGAGUCAUCCGG